AUGAGGAAUGUGGCGGAAAACGCGCUCGAGUUAGACCAGCAGUUUGCUGGUCUAGACCUGAACACUUCUGAUAAUCAGAGUAAAGGGGGAAGUACAGCAAGCAAAGGGCGCUAUAUACCUCCUCACUUAAGGAAUAGAGAAGCAUCUAAAGGAUUCCAUGAUAAAGACAGUUCAGGGUGGAGUUGUAGUAAAGAUAAGGACGCAUAUAGCAGUUUUGGGUCUCGAGAUUCAAGAGGAAAGUCCAGUUACUACAGUGAUCGUGGAAGUGGAUCAAGAGGAAGGUUUGAUGAUCGUGGACGUAGUGACUAUGAUGGAAUUGGCAGUCGUGGUGAUAGGACUGGUUUUGGCAAAUUUGAUCGCAGUGGACACAGUCGAUGGGGUGACAGAUCAGAUGAUGAUGAUUGGUCAAAACAACUUCCACCAAGUGAACGUUUGGAACAGGAACUGUUUUCUGGAGGAAACACUGGGAUUAAUUUUGAGAAAUAUGAUGAUAUUCCAGUAGAGGCAACUGGCAAUAACUGUCCUCCACAUAUUGAAAGUUUCAGCGAUAUUGAAAUGGGAGAAAUUAUCAUGGGGAACAUUGAACUUACUCGUUAUACUCGUCCUACUCCAGUGCAAAAAUAUGCCAUUCCUAUUAUCAAAGAAAAAAGAGAUUUGAUGGCUUGUGCCCAAACAGGGUCUGGAAAAACUGCAGCAUUUCUUUUGCCUAUCUUGAGUCAAAUUUAUACAGAUGGUCCAGGCGAAGCUUUGAAGGCUGUGAGGGAAACUGGAAGGUAUGGACGCCGUAAACAAUAUCCAAUCUCCUUGGUGUUAGCCCCAACAAGAGAAUUGGCUGUACAAAUCUAUGAGGAAGCCAGAAAAUUUUCAUACCGGUCUAGAGUUCGUCCUUGUGUGGUUUACGGUGGUGCUGAUAUUGGUCAGCAAAUUCGAGACUUAGAACGCGGAUGUCACUUAUUAGUUGCCACUCCAGGACGUUUAGUGGAUAUGAUGGAAAGAGGAAAGAUUGGAUUAGACUUCUGCAAAUACUUAGUGUUGGAUGAAGCUGAUAGGAUGCUAGAUAUGGGGUUUGAACCUCAGAUACGUCGUAUAGUUGAACAAGAUACUAUGCCACCAAAGGGUGUUCGCCACACCAUGAUGUUUAGUGCUACUUUUCCUAAGGAAAUACAGAUGCUUGCUCGUGAUUUUUUGGAUGAAUACAUCUUUCUGGCUGUAGGCAGAGUUGGCUCUACCUCUGAGAACAUCACACAAAAAGUAGUUUGGGUGGAAGAGUUAGACAAACGGUCAUUUCUGCUUGAUCUGUUAAAUGCAACAGGGAAAGACUCACUGACCUUAGUGUUUGUGGAGACCAAAAAGGGUGCUGAUUCUCUGGAGGAUUUCUUAUACCAUGAAGGAUAUGCUUGUACCAGUAUCCAUGGAGACCGAUCACAGAGAGAUAGAGAGGAAGCUCUUCACCAGUUUCGUUCAGGAAAAAGCCCAAUACUAGUGGCUACAGCUGUGGCUGCAAGAGGAUUAGAUAUUUCCAAUGUGAAACAUGUUAUCAAUUUUGAUUUGCCAAGUGAUAUUGAAGAAUAUGUUCAUCGGAUUGGCCGUACGGGACGUGUAGGAAACCUCGGUCUUGCCACCUCUUUUUUUAAUGAAAGAAAUAUGAAUAUUACAAAGGACUUGUUGGAUCUUCUUGUUGAAGCUAAACAAGAAGUGCCGUCUUGGUUAGAAAAUAUGGCUUAUGAUCAUCACUAUAAGAGUAGCAGUCGUGGACGUUCUAAGAGUAGAUUCAGUGGGGGAUUUGGAGCCAGAGACUACCGACAAAGUAGCGGUUCCAGCAGUUCUAGCUUUAGUAGUGGCCGUGCAAGCAGCAGCCGCAGUGGUGGUGGAGGUCACAGCAGCAGCAGAGGAUUUGGUGGAGGUGGCUAUGGAGGCUUCUACAGUAGUGACGGAUAUGGAGGGAAUUAUAACUCCCAGGGGGUUGACUGGUGGGGCAAUUAA